GUUUUACGAUAAGAACUUGCCAUGUUUUGGGUCCUUGAGACCUUCAUAUGUCUACUUCUGGUACACUACGUCACUCCUGAGGUCUUCCUCCAGACCAAGGAUGCCAACCAGGUCUUCACACGAAACCGGCGGGCCAACAGCCUGUUUGAGGAGCUGAAAAAAGGCGACAUGGAGAGGGAGUGCAAUGAGGAGCGGUGCAGUUUUGAGGAGGCCCGAGAGAUCUUUGAGGACAAUGAAAAGACAGAUGAGUUCUGGAAUGUGUACGUAGAUGGAGAUGCAUGUAUAUCCCAGCCAUGUCUCAAUGCUGGUAUAUGUAAAGAUGGAAUAAAAAUAUAUACCUGCUUAUGCCCAGCCAUGUUUCAGGGGUACAACUGUGAGAUCGUAAUACCACAGCUGUGCGAGGACAAGAAUGGAGGCUGUGAGCACUUUUGCAAUGUGCAGCGCAACAGGGCGGUGUGCUCCUGUGUCAAAGGCUACAAGCUGGCUGCAGAUGGGAAGUCUUGCAAAUCUGAUGAUCCCUUCAAAUGUGGACAUGUGUAUCCCAAGGCAACCCGAAGUAUUUUCAUACAUCACCCCACAGAAAAUGUCACUGAUGUUCAUGCUGAUGAAGAGCAUGUCAUGGGUACAAAUGCAACAAAUUUGGUGCAAGCCACCACAAAAAAAGCUGCUUCUAAUACCACUGUGAAUGAACCGGAUAAUUUGUUUGGACUUGACCUGGAUGAGCUGGAUAAUCCUGUAACAGAGAAGCCAGUACUUCCAGAAGUUGUUGGAGACAAGAGAAUCGUUAACGGGGACGAUUGUCCACCCGGUGAAUGCCCCUGGCAGGCACUUCUGGUGAAUGAGGAAAAGAUCGGCUUCUGCGGUGGGACCAUUCUAAAUGAAUACUUCAUUCUAUCUGCAGCUCACUGCAUGAACCAAUCUCGUUCCAUCACGGUUAUUCUAGGUGAGUUUGACACCAUGAUCAGAGAAGGGCGCGAGGUGACGCACGCCGUCGACCAGGUCCUUGUGCACAUGAGCUACGUUCCAGAAACCUACCACAACGACAUUGCUCUCAUCAAGCUUGUUAAGCCCAUUAAGUUCACCAAGUACAUCCUCUCUGCCUGCCUGCCCGAUCGUGACUUUGCUGAGCGCGUGCUCAUGUUGCAGGAUGAUGGAAUGGUCAGCGGUUUCGGCCGCCUCUACGAAGGCGGCCCGCAGUCCACCAUACUGCAGAAGCUGACCGUGCCAUUCAUCGACCGGGCCACCUGCAUGGAGUCCACCAAGUUCAAGAUCAGCAACCGCAUGUUCUGUGCCGGCUACGACAAAGAGACCAAGGACGCGUGCCAGGGCGACAGUGGAGGCCCACAUGUCACCAAGUACAAAGACACCUGGUUUGUGACGGGCAUCGUGAGCUGGGGCGAGGGCUGUGCUCGCAAGGGGAAGUAUGGCGUCUACACGCAGGUAUCCAAGUAUAUCAAGUGGAUUGAGGCCGUCAUGGAAAAGGUUAUGCCCAAAAAGAAAGCUUCUGUAACAGCAAGGAAAAAGAGGCAGGUGCUUGGACAUACACCUGUGAUAUGGAUAUGA